AUGCAUAGAUCUAGAGCUACAAUGACUUGGAACGUGUUCAAGUUCUGCACCGCCCUCAGAGGCUUAGGUUCGAUCAUGAUACUUUCGAUUUUUGGGGUUGUUGGUGUUACUUAUUAUGCUGUUGUUUUGACCAAUUACAGUCCUGUGUUAUCUGCUGGAGGCCUUGAUUGUCUUCUUGCCAUCGCAGUGUUGAUCUUGUUUUAUGGUUUGUUAAUUAUGCUAUUGUGGAGUUAUUUUUCUAUCGUAUUUACGAAUUUGGGAAGUGUGCCUCCAAACUGGAGGCCUGCAAUUGAUGAAAAAAGAGGAGAGGAUGAUCCGUUGGUUGCCUCCGAGUUUGAUAAUAUGCAAUCUGAUCCUUCUGGUCAACGUGUUUGUUACUGCCGGAAGUGCAACCAGCUCAAGCCGCCUCGAUGCCAUCAUUGUUCAGGGAUAUUCAUGCACAAUAAUGUUAGACUGAUGUGGAUUGAAGGAAUAUCAUCAAACUGGGCUUCUCUUCUCUCACCUCCACUUCUUCUCCAGCUUGAUGAUACUCCUUUAGAUGUCAUGGCACGAAGAAUUUCCUUUUUCUGUUUACUCCCCACAAUAUUCACUUGGCUGUUUCUGUGCAGACGAGAGAUUAAGGCAAAAAAAUUUGAAAGAUUGGGGGAGGUAACGAAACGGCGUCGUUUUUGA